AGUCUUUCUGUCUCUAUUCACAGCAGAGCCUGUCCGGCAGGGCAGCGGAUGUGUGAGGGAUGAUUCAGUGGCUGACAGGAAGCCUGCCGCCUUGCCUGCUGCCCGUCAGUGUCUGUGGCGUUAGCAUCAGCUCAGGCGGGUGUGUGGGCUCAGGAUGAAGUGGUUGUGGUGAAGAGCCCCCAACUCUCAGCAUUGCAGGAAGAGUGGCCAGGAGCAGACAUGAGUGUGGAGACCGAGCUGCUGUGGCCAGGGGCAGCUCUGCUGCUGUUGCUGCUGGGGGCAGUGGCCGGCUUGUGUGUGCACUGCUCCCGCCCAGGUGUGAAGCGGUCAGAGAAAAUCUAUGAGCAGAGGAACCUGCAAGAGAAUGAGCAGAACUUUGUGGUGGCCCGGACCUAUUCCUUGGCUGGGCAGGCCUGGUCAGGUCCCCUGGUGGACACAGUCUAUGAUACGGCAUCAGCAAGGAAGGACAAGCUCCUGUGUUUCUCCCCCAGUCUUCAGGAUUCUGCAUCCCCCAGGUACCAGAACUUCAGCAAAGGAAGCAGACAUGGAUCAGAGGCAGCCUACAUAGACCCCAUCGCCAUGGAAUAUUACAACUGGGGGCAGUUCCAGAAGCCCAGGGAAGAUGAUGAGGAUUCUAAUUCCUAUGAGAAUGUGCUCAUCUGCAAGCAGAAACAACCCGAAUCAGGCGAUGAGGGAUCUGAAGACUAUCAGAACUCAGCUUCCAUCGAGCAGUGGCGAGAGUCCAGGAGGGUCAUGGAGCGAGUCCCAAGAGAAGCACCUUCCUCUCCUGCAGGAAGUCCAGAUGAGGAUGAUGGGGAGCCUGAUUACGUGAACAAGGACAUAGAGGCCACGGAAGCCUAGGGCAGACCUGGGAGAAGCCAACACUUUUUGUCUUCACUGAUGGAGCCAAGAAACCCUGAGCUCACAGGGCAAUUUAUCACCUCACGACAAUCACUUCUCCAAACUUCUGGACCCCGCCACGGCUACUCCUGGGAGAUACAUCAUGUCCCGAGGACAUCCAUGAGGGACCUCGCCUGGGAAAGGGCAGUUACACAUGGAAUCACCUUCCUCAGGCAGAGCAGGAGCCUGGUGCCAAGGGCGGUGAAGCUUCUACUGUGGUUGAAUGCCUAGGACAUCGAUAACAUCGUGCAACCCUGGUGUUCGUCCUUUUUUUGCUGCAGAUUUGAAUCCCAAAUUGCUUACUAAUGUUGGUUGAUAUUUUUUGUGGCUGAUAACCAUGUAGUUAAUUUAUAUAGGUGGAGCCAUAUUUAAUAUUCUACACUCCAGGGCAGAGAUCUUGUCUAUCUUGUCUCCUACAAGGAUUACAUGUACUCAAUUUCAGCAGUUGGGGAGCCCUGGUGCUCUUCUUUGGGCCUCAGUUCACUGAGGAAGAGCUGAGGCUACAGCCAUCUUCAUGCCCCUUCAGUGGGGAUGUCCACUGUGGACAAAGUGCAUCAGUCCUGUAGAGGGCAGGCAGGGUGGAACAGUGUGCCCUUCAGUUGCCCCGAGCUCUUCCUCUGCUCUAGGGCUGGCCUUGCCUCAGCUGAUUGAGCAGCAUGACUGUCUCAUGGGAAGGGUAAGGGCCCAGGGGGACCUUGAGUCAGAAAAGUCAGUUAGAGGUAAAAAUAUAUGCCUCCUCCAACCAAAACGUCUCAAUAAACCUUUUUAGUUUAAGAGCAGCAAUUCUCCAGUGUCUGCUUUCUCUGCUUCAUGUAAAACCUUCUAAGGGAAUGAAUCAGGCUCUCAAUUCACAGAAAGGGACCCUGAGGCCUGGAG